AUGGAGCUGCUGAACCAACUCACUAGCUUCCUCCUCUUUGUCCGACCAAAAAAACCAAGAGAGUAUUUAAUCUCUCUUCUGGAACGACUGAGAAUUGCCAAGGUAACAGGCGUAACAUUUCCUUUCUUCAUGGACAACUCUAAUAUUGUGUCAAUGUUUGAGAUGAUGGACUCCUCUGGCAGAGGCUGCAUAUCAUUUGUGCAGUAUAAGGAAGCCCUAAAAAACUUGGGUCUGUGUACUGCAGAUGAAGUUUUAAAUGAUGAUGGAAAUUUAAUAACUUUGGAUAAAUUCAGAGAUGAAGUAUGUUCCUUGUAUCCAUGA